GUCAGCAAACAGCUGGUCAUAAGAUUUAUCAGUUAUUUUUCUUAUUACCAUUUGUAAAAAUAUGUGCAUAUUUUAUUUUAGUUAAAAAUUUUCCAACCAAAGUUAAAAUUAAAUUAAUUAAAAGUAUGUCUUGGGUAUCAGACUACCAAUACAAGUGGUAUGAGACACUGGCUAUGAAUGUGGUGCGUGCCGGUGGUAAUGUUCCGCGACAUAUCGCAUUUGUUAUGGAUGGUAAUCGUCGUUAUGCAAAGUCGCAAUGUUUGCCUAAGAUCGACGGACAUUCACACGGUUUUGAAAAGUUAGCGAACUGCCUACGUUGGUGCUUAGAUAUGGGCAUAAAAGAGGUGACCACAUUUGCUUUUAGCAUCGAAAACUACAAACGGUCCGAGGAAGAAGUAAAUGACUUAUUAGAUCUAGCACGUGAAAAAUUUCGAAAAAUAUUGCUUGAGGAGCAAAAAUUGAAUGAACAUGGAGUACGCAUCCGUGUAAUUGGCAAUAUUAAUUUGCUCCCAGAAGAUUUACAAUUAUUGAUUGCUAAAGCAAUGAUGUUAACCGAACAUAAUGAUAAACUUUUCCUUAACAUUGCCUUCUCAUAUACUUCUCGAGAUGAAAUAACUCAAGCUGUAGAAACAAUUGUCAAGCUAGGGGAAGGUUUGGAGCCGGAAGAUAUUAGUCAACGUCUGAUAGAAGAAUGUCUUUAUACAAGAAACUCAUUACCUCCAGACAUGCUUUUUCGUACAUCGGGCGAGACACGUAUUAGCGACUUUCUGAUGUGGCAGAUUUCGACAACAGUAUUGUACUUUACAAAUAUUCUAUGGCCACAAAUAACCCUUUGGAAUUUUCUAUGUGGUAUAUUCACAUACCAACGAGCAUGCUUACGUUUAGAGCCUUUCAAACGGCAUAAACGAAUAGAACACGCUAUGCAAGCAAAGGAAUGUAAUUACUACUCCGAUCGAGUGUUGAACUUUUUACAAAAACUAGAUAGUUAUAGGAAAAACGUUUUAUAUAGUUUAUCAACAAGUAACUAAACUACAUAUUGAAUUCGUUUAGUAAAAGGUCAAUGUACAAUUAAAACCUAAUAAAUCAUCAUAGGAAAAAGAAGUAA